UACAUAAAAUAUAUCAGUCAGUGGCCGAUCGCGGCGCGGGGAGGUUGUGUACGAGUGUUCGAGUUCUAUAUUAAACAGGAAGCAUGGGGUGGCUCGUCGCCGCCUUGUUGCUGGGAUCACUGCAGCUGAGCGCCCAGUACUUGCUGCCCGGUGACGUCACACCCUCGCACUACGAUGUGCGCCUCGCGUACGACAUCGACCCGCGCACCAACUUCAGCUUCUUCGGCGUUGUUGAUAUCCUGCUGACAGCAAAGAAGAGCACACCAAAAAUCGUUCUACACGCGCAAGAUUUCGAAAUAUCUGACGACAAAGUGAAAGUGACGUCAGAGAACGGCUCACCAACUGUCACUGAAGUGAAACUGAAUGACACGUACAACUUCCUUACAAUAACACUUGACAAGGAAUUGGAGGAGAAUGUCAACUACACCCUCACUAUACCGUUCUACGGUAACCUGGUCAAAGGUCUGGAUGGAGCGUACAUCAGCUCCUACAUUAAUAAGAAGACACAGCGUACCGAAUACUUGAUAACGACGCAGUUCGAGGCGAUAUCGGCCCGCAAAGCCUUCCCCUGCUUCGACGAGCCGAUGUACAAGGCCACCUUCUCACUGAACGUCGCCCACGACAAGAACUACACCGCCAUCUCCAACAUGCCAUUGGCUGCUUCAUCUGAUACUAAUUCCCUCGAAGAACACUGGCCCUGGGAAACGAUUUCAAAGGCAUUCAAAAAAGAGAAAUCCACGUUCGUCUGGGAUCAGUUCGACAAGUCGGUGCCGAUGUCCACUUACCUGGUGGCGUACGUCAUCUCCCUGUUCUCGCACGUGGAGAGUCCGCGCGAGCUCUCGCAUACUCAAUUCAAGAUAUGGGCGAGGAGUGAUGCUAUUGAGCAGACAGCGUAUGCAGCGGAAAUCGGUCCCAAAGUGCUCUCGUACUUCGAGAAGUGGUUCAACGUAUCCUUCCCUCUGCCCAAGCAAGACAUGAUCGCCAUCCCGGACUUCUCGGCCGGCGCCAUGGAGAACUGGGGCCUCAUCACCUACAGGGAGACUGCCUUGCUGUACGACGAGAAGGAAUCUUCGUUCCUGAACAAGGAGAGAAUUGCUGAGGUGGUAGCACAUGAGUUAGCGCACCAGUGGUUCGGCAACCUGGUGACCAUGAAGUGGUGGUCGGACCUGUGGCUCAACGAGGGGUUCGCGACCUUCGUGGCGUCCGUGGGCGUGAGCGCCGUGGAGCCGAGCUGGCACGCGCGCCUCAACUACGCCAUAGAGAACACGCUGUCUAUAUUGUCUCUGGACGCGCUGGAGUCUUCACACCCUGUGUCAGUACCGAUAGAUGACCCCAAGCGCAUCUCCGAGAUCUUCGACACGAUCUCGUACCGCAAGGGCGCCACCGUCAUCAGGAUGAUGCUGAUGUUCCUCGGCGAGGAUGUCUUCAGGAAGGCUCUGCACAACUACCUCACCAAGCACUCGUACGCGAACGCGGAGCAGGACGACCUGUGGGAGGAGCUGACGGCGGUGAACCGGCUGCACGGCGGCCUCAGCAGGAACGUGACCGUGAAGCAGGUGAUGGACACGUGGACCAAGCAGACCGGCUACCCGCUGCUCACCGUCACCAGGGACUACUCCGACAAGACCGUCACCGUCACACAGAAACGCUACCUGUCGCUGGGCACGACCCGCUCGGGCGCGGCGUGGUGGGUGCCGCUCAGCGUGCUGUGCGAGGGCGAGGUGGGCGCGCCGCCGCGGCGCCUGCAGUGGCUGGCGGACAGCGAGGGCGUGGCGAGCCCGCACAAGUUCGAGCACGGCGCCGCGCCGCGAGACUGGCUGCUCUUCAACUACGACAUGAUCGCGCCGUACAGAGUGAACUACGACGAGCAGAACUGGCAGCUGCUGAUCUCUGAGCUGACGAGCGAGCGGUUCAGCCGCGUGCCGCUGGAGGGGCGCGUGCAGCUGCUCUCCGACGCGUUCGCGCUCGCCUGGAACAACCGACUCGACUACGGGACCACGUUGAAGCUGGCCAGCUACUUACAACGCGAGACAGAGUACCUGCCUCUGUUCACGGGGCUGGGCGCGCUCAGCAAGAUCGAGAACGUGAUCAAACGCAGCGCGGACUACGGCGCCUUCCAGAAGUUCAUGCGGCGCCUCAUCACCAAGGCGUACGAGCGCGCCGGCGGACUCUCGCAGAAGAGGAUCAUCAAUGGAGAGGACUUAAACAGCGUCAAAAUGCAGACCACGACAAGCUCGUGGGCAUGCAGCAUGAAGGUGCCGGACUGCGAGGAGAACGCCAUCGAGCUGUUCCAGCGCUGGAUGGACACGCCCAACCCGGACGAGAACAACCCCAUCCCGGUGGACCUCCGGCGCACAGUGUACUGCGUGGCUCUCCGUCGCGGGUCAGUGCGCGAGUGGCGCUUCGCCCUCGCCCGGCGGCGCCGCAGCAACGUGGCCGCCGCGCGCGACCACCUGCUGUAUGCUCUCGCCUGCUCGCGCGACGUCUGGAUACUGGCGCAAUACCUGGAGUGGUCGGUGACGGAGGGGUCGGAGGUGCGGCGCCAGGACGCCGGCACCGUCAUCGCCGCCGUGGCGCGCUCCACCGUCGGCUACUACGUCGCCAAGGACUUCAUCUACAACAGGAUCGGCGACAUCUACGACGCUUUCAAAGGGCAAGAUCGACGUAUUGGUGGUAUCCUCAAAACGUUGCUCGGUCAGUUCACUACACAGAAAGAACUUGAUGAGUUCCUACAAUGGCAAGAGAAGAACAGCAAAUACCUGUCGGAGUCCAAGCUGGCCGUGUCGCAGGGCAUAGAGAACGCGCGCGUCAACAUCGCCUGGGUCCGCAACAACCAGCAGCGCGUCGUCGACAAGCUGCGCGAAUUCUCUGCUUCCCACCAUAUGGUACAACCUUCGUGGGCGUCGUGGCGGAAAAAACCUCUUUUCAUAUCAUCCCUAUACGCUAUACAUAAUAUAUCCAGGUCGAAUUUGAAAAAAAUAGAUGUGUAAAAUUACAGAGAUGGUCAAAUAAAGGCCUACUUCAUACUAUUAAUAAUAAUUUGCGUAUGUUAUAAGAUCACCGUAAGGUAAUUGUUACCUACUUCAAUUAAUCUAAGACCCGGCAUUAGAAAUCAUCCCUCAUCUGUUACUAGGCAAACCACAGAUUAAUCAAUAAUAUACAGAUAUAACGCACGGAACACGACGGUGUCGUACCCGUCACAAAUACAAAAUUCAAAAACGAAUACAUUUUCAAGACAGUACGACAUGAACCGUCGCAUCAGUAAUUUUCAAUAUUAUUCAAGAAAAAUGUCGUCCUUUGUUUUUAAAUAUUUUAAAAACUGUUCUCAAAUACGAGUUUAUACGAGAUAUGGAGUUUUUUUAAUUAUUCAAUUUUUUAGUGUUAAAUUUUGUAAUACAAAAUUUGAAAAAGGUUUGUAUCUAUAUGCGGUUGUCAAGGAGAUGCGUGACGUUUGAUUUUUUUUUUAAUGGGUUUCGCCGGCUUCAGUACGUUGCUUGUAAAGACUCACUCUGGUUAAUCUGUGAGGCAACCUAUGUACAAUGUGUCAAUGUGAAUAUUUUCUAUAUUUUAUUUCUCAUCCCAAUUAAAUAACGGAUGAGGGUCUAUAUUUGUUAUGCCGGCUCUCGUGGAAUAUUAAUUGAAGGAGCUAUCUAUAAUAUGUAAUUACAUAAUUGAAACGUAUUUCAAACUGACGAUGGACCAAUUAUAGAAUAAUAUGUAAUUUAAAUGAAUAGUACAAAAGUGUCUUAUUAGUUUUAAUUUUAGACCUCGAUGAAGUUUACUGUUUUUUAUAGCGAGUAUUAUUCAUAAGACACUUUGUCAUAAAGAAAAAACAAGUGUCAUAAACAAACAUAAUAUUGUUAUGUUGUCAGUGUCAUAGAGAACUACUCGUAAUAUAAAAUUCUAAAUAAAAAAUAGGGUAGAUACUUAAUAGAAAGAAUUUGUACUUAAUAAUGACUCCGUCCCAUUUUUAUACUACAACUAUUUAAUUUUAAUAUUUUUUUUGUCUGAUAAUAAUCAUGUUGUAAAUAAUAAUUAUUAUAUUUUACAUUUUCCCCAGUAUUUUUGACGUAUUUGUUAACAACAAUAAAGUUUUAUUUUUAAA